CACAGCCGCUUCUGGGGGGAGAAGGAAGGCCGAUGCCCACCGGCAGCAUGCGUUGGCUCACCCUGGCCCUGGUUCUCAGCUCCCUCGCAGUGGUCCAAAGCCGGAACCAGGAAGAGAAGCUUCUCCAAGACCUGAUGGCCAAUUAUAAACGCGACUUACGUCCAGCCAAGCAGGAGGGGGACAUCAUCAACGUGACGCUCAAGCUGACCCUCACCAACCUCAUUUCACUGAAUGAGAGGGAGGAGGCCCUCACCACCAACGUCUGGGUAGAGAUGCAAUGGCGCGAUUAUCGCCUGCAGUGGGACCCGGAUGCCUACGACAACAUCGAGCGCCUCCGGAUCCCCUCCACGUCGGUGUGGCUCCCAGACAUCAUCCUAGAAAACAAUAUCGACGGGGUGUUUGACAUCACGCUCUACACCAACGUCUUGGUGUCUCCAGAUGGGUCCAUCUACUGGCUCCCCCCAGCCAUCUACCGCAGCGCCUGCUCCAUUGUGGUCACGUACUUCCCCUUCGACUGGCAGAACUGCUCCAUGGUCUUCCAGUCUCAGACCUACAAUGCCCACGAAAUCAACCUGCUUCUAGCAGUAGAAGAAAACCAGAAAAUUGAAUGGAUCUUCAUUGACCCCGAAGAUUUCACAGAGAAUGGGGAAUGGGCCAUUAAGCACCGCCCAGCCAAGAAGAUCGUGAACUCUGAGCGGGUCACACCAGAUGACAUUGGCUAUCAGCAGAUCAUCUUCUUCCUGGUCAUCCAGAGGAAGCCGCUCUUCUACAUCAUCAACAUCAUCAUCCCCUGUGUCCUCAUUUCCUCCGUUGCUGUGCUGGUAUACUUCCUGCCUGCCAAAGCUGGCGGGCAGAAGUGCACUGUGUCCAUUAAUGUCCUUCUCGCCCAGACGGUUUUCCUCUUCCUGAUCGCGAAGAAAGUCCCGGAGACGUCCCAGGGGGUGCCGCUCAUCGGAAAGUACUUGACCUUCCUCCUGGUGGUCACCAUCGUCAUCGUCGUGAAUGCUGUCAUUGUACUCAACGUAUCUCUGAGGACACCCAAUACCCACUCCAUGUCAGAGCGUGUCCGGCAGGUUUUCCUGCACACAUUGCCGCAUUACUUGGGCAUGCACACGCGGCGCAGCAACCAGCCCGCCCAGACUCGGCUCGUCCGGCGCCGGAGCUCGCUGGGCCUGAUGGCGAAAGCCGACGAGUACAUGCUGUGGAAGGCUCGGAGCGAACUCCUCUUCGAAAGGCAGAAGGAGCGCAUUGGGCUGAUGAAAUCCUUCUUGGCAAAGAUACGGGGAGGCUUGGAGAAUGGCUGUCCCCAGGAGCUUUGCACCAGCCUGCGCCAGGCGGCUCCCGAGAUCCAAGCCUGUGCCGAUGCCUGCAACCAUAUUGCCAAGACGUUGCAAGAGCAAAACGACUUUGACAGCGAGAAUGAGGAAUGGAUCCUGGUGGGGCGGGUCAUCGACCGCGUCUGCUUCCUCGUCAUGGCUUCCAUCUUUGUUUUCGGGACUGUCGGCGUUUUCCUCAUGGCCCAUUUUAACCAGGCGCCCGACCAGCCUUUCCCAGGAGACCCCAACACAUACCUGCCCUUGGAGUGA